CUUACUGAUCCACAUCUACUUCCUCUUCCUCCUUAUAACAAUGGCGGGAGUUUAAAUUACAGCAAAAUUAAUAAUUAAAAAAAAAACUGAAGAAAAUACAAAAAUUGGAGCAAAAAAUGGAAAAUUCAAGUGAAAAUGAUGUUGAUUCUCUUAGAAGGAAAAUUAAAGAGCUUAGAGAAAUUCAAAGAAGUGUGGAAGAGCCAGAAGAAUUUGGUUUAGAAUUGAAGAAAUUACUCGAAGAUUGUACACUUCAAUUUGAGAGCAAGGUGGAGCAGAUAUUAUGUGAUGCUUCAGAAGUCAGCUUCUCAUCUGAUCAGGAUUUAGAUGAAUUUUGGAAAUAUUUGAAGAAUGAGCUAAGUGCAGAGGAGGCUAAGAAUGCAAAAAUAGAAGAAGAAAUUGAGAGGCUUUCAAAGGAAUAUGUUGAAGGUUAUAGCAAAUUGGUGAAUGAGAUUGAAGGCCUUAGUUGUCCUUUGGAGAUCAUUGAAUCACUGGGACUUGAACAAGGAAGAGUACUCAAUAAAGGAAACUUGUCAAGUGCACCGGCAGAAUAUAACUUCAAGAUCUUUGAAUUAGGUAAUCAGCUUGAGAAGAGCAAAUUGAAUUUGAAGUCGUUGGAAGAUCUUGAGAGUACUUUCAACAGGUUCGAGGCUAUAGAGCAGAUUGAAGAUGCAUUUUCUGGUCUUAAGAUAGUAGAAUUUGAGGGGAACCAUAUCAGAUUAUCUUUAAGAACUUUUAUCCCAAACUUAGAAAACUUGCCCCACAACCAUACAAUAGAUGUUGCUGAACCACCAGAGCAAAAUCAUGAGUUGUUAAUUGAACUGAUGGAUGGAACCAUGGAGCUAAAACACGUUGAGAUUUUCCCAAAUGAUGUAUCUAUAAGUGAAAUAACCGAUGCUGCAAAAUCCUUCAGACAGGUCUAUUCUCCUGUGGGAGUCCUUGAAAAGCGAUCUUCUUUAGAGUGGUUCGUUAAAAGUGUGCAAGAUCGAAUUGUUCUCUGCACGUUAAGGCGAUUUCUUGUGAAGAGUGCAAAUAGUGCAAGGCAUACAUUUGAUUACGUGGAUAGAGAAGAGACGAUAGUAGCUCAUAUGGUUGGUGGAGUUGAUGCUUUCAUAAAGCUACCUCAAGGUUGGCCACUAAUCAGCUCUGGUUUAACCCUGAUGUCUCUCAAGAGCUCAAGUCAGUACUCACAAGAGAUAUCUUUGACCCUCCUUUGUAAGGUUGCGGAAGUGGCAAACUCAUUGGAUACAAAUGCACGGCAGACUAUCUCAGGUUUCACAGAUAGAAUUGAGGAAAUACUUGUGCAACAAAUGACUGCAGUAACUUCUACCUGAAAAUAUUCCGAAAGAUGACUGCUUCCCUGCUCUAUGAUGCCCUGCACUUAUUCUGGUAAGAUUUAUCAGUCAUAAUAUAACUUUGUUUUCAUUCAAUAGUAUCGGUGCCAGCUGCUAGUCAUAGGAUUCAUUUAAUAUAGUCAUUUCAGAUGCGGAGAUGUUCUUGUAGCGAAUUAGUGCAUUUUGUUGAUGUAGAUUUCUCACUAAUGUGUUAAAACAUCACUUGCAUCUAAGCUUUAAAAUACUUUUUCCCGGCUAGGGUAAAUUUUCAUCAAAAUGCACCUAGUGGUGGCGUAUAUGCAUCGCGAAACAGAUUUCAUCCUUCCUCACUUUGAAGUUGCAGGGGAGUAUACAAAAUCUGUAAUAGACGUAACAUCAAGAUGAUAGAUAAUUUACACCAAGACUUUUAACAAUGUGAACAUCUACAUUUGAAACAAAAAAUGACCAUGUCUUUAUAUGCUCAAAAGUCUGUACUUUCUUUUCUUUUUUCGUCCUGGAACCCCAAAAAUGCACGCAGGUACCUUUAACUCUUAACUACCUUUCUUGUGAGCACAGUAAAUGAAACUCCGAGUAUGGUGAGAGUAAAAUGUUAUUUACAUGGAUAUUAAACUGGCAACGGUUACUAUACAUGAUAGAACCAGGUAGUUCAUUAUUCCUGGAGAAAAUGGCACCCUUCCUUGUCACCUUCAAGAGAGAACCGGGGGCUUUUUGAGUUGUUUAACAUGAAUAAUACUCGUUCACAAUCCUGAUGUAUAUUGUGAUUGGAAGGUACAUGAAGAUCGAUUAUGUUAGUGGUUGCAGGUAAUAUAUGCUCUUCAACUGGGAUACUCAGUCAACUGUUCAAGAAAAACUCCCUUUAACUAGACAUAUCGCAAGUAAACCAGUUAGAUAUGUGAAAAAAAAAUCCUUAAUGAAUGAAUGAAAUUUUUGGGGAUUAUGUAUGAAAAUAUGAUACUUG